AUGUUUGCUGAUGAUAUAAAAAUCUUUACUUCUGUUAGUUCCAUUGAUGACUGCCACAGACUUCAGGUCAGUCUGCGUAGUAUCUACGAUUGGUGUGGUUGGAACAGCAUGAAACUUAAUAUUAAGAAAUGUCACGCCAUAUCCUUUCAUCGUUCCGCUGGAUAUAUCCACUUUGAGUACUCGCUUGAUGGUUCAUCGUUGGAGAGAGCUUAUUCCACACGUGAUUUAGGUGUUAUCCUGUCUGCCAACCUGAGCCCAAAUGACCACAUAGACUCAAUCAUUAACAAGGCUUCUCGGAUGCUCGGAUUUGUUAUCAGGACUUCAAGAAGGGGACUUAGCAUCGAAGCAAUGAAAACAGUGUAUGUGUCCUUGGUGAGAUCUGUAUUGGAGUUUGGCAGUGUAGUGUGGUCACCUUAUCAACUAGGUCAGAUUCAAAGACUGCAGCGAAUUCAGGAUAGGUUUGUGCGUGUGGUCGGGGUCAGAUUGGGUUUCGAGUAUUUGGAUGUGCCGGUGCGUGCUGUGGAAGAGUUUCUGGGCCUGAAUCCUCUCAUUGUGAGAAGGCAGUUGCACGACCUGACAUUUCUUCAGAGGGUGCUUGUUGGGGAUCUGGACUGUCCUGCCUUGCUUCGCUUGAUCAACAUAAGACUUCCCGGCCGGACUUGCUCCGCGGACUUCUUCUGCCGUCCCUCAUGUUCUACCAACCAUGAAUUGAACAGCGUCAUCCCUCGUCUGCACAAGCUUGGAAAUCUGGUCUCCGCGAACUAUGAUUUCUUCUACGACAGCACUUCUAGUCUGAGGACUUUAUUCCUAUCCUUAGAGAACUGA